CAGAGUAGAAGGUCUAUUUCUAAAGGAUAAAUCAAAGAGUGGGGGUGGGUUUUUUUUCAAUUUAAGAUGCUAGCAGUUGAUAUUCAGAUUCUUCUUGUAAUAAUUUUGGGGACUUCUGAUUGCCAGAUAAUCCCUAGGAUUGAAGAAUGUCGACUCUCAUGUUCUCAGGUCUUUCAUUGUAAAAGCAAACCUUCCACUGGUAUUUUUAACAGUUUCUGCCGUGAUGCUCCUGCCUCUUUAUCUUCUACUGUAUUGAAACGCAUGAAGCUCUCAACUGCGAUGAAGUGUGUACAGGGAAGCCAAUGCUCUCUUCACUUAAGCAUCAAAGGGACACUGACUCUUGAUGAAAAUAUUCGUGGUCUGGAAAUCUGUUCUCUGUCAGUGGACACGCAGCAGUCUCAGUGUGUGAAUGUGAGAUUUUCUAGAAAAACAAGCAACAAGCUUGGUGGAAGGAAGGUGCAUGUGCAGUUUAAUUGCUUUGAAGUCAAUGUAGCACAGCACAUCUAUGUGACCAUGAAAACAAUACCAAAUUACUGUGACGUCAAGUUGAGUCAGCAGUACUAUGUUGAAGAUUGCAGGAACAAUGAUGUGGAAAAACAUAUUCCAGUCUGUUUUGCUGGGAAGUUGGAUUAUAAUGUGGACAGGGUGAGGAAAACGAUAUCUGUGAAUGUAUCAGACUUUCUUCAAGACCAAGACUAUUAUGUUCGUUUAUGUCACAAAUGGUUUACCUGUGAAGACGUGGGGUCAUUUGCUUUGAUAAAAGGGAAGGAGUCUUUGAAGUCAACUUCCUUGCAAUAUUCCCAGUUACUGCCUUGUCUCUGCAUUGAGGGUUGGUCGGCGAUCCCAGAUGCAAGGAGGACACAACUUUGCCCUUUUAAAAAUGAUACAAAGGCACUGUGGGAUAACAUUGUAUAUAAUUCAGCCACACAAACACUGGCCUGGAAACCAGCCUGUCCCGUGCACGUCACUGUUAACCUCUGCAGGUUAACACAGUCGAAUGACCAAUGUAUAGAUGUACAAAACUCAUCAACUACAGCUCCAGAGAAACAGGUAAAAUAUUGCCGUGUAGACACACAUCCAAGACUUUGCAUGAAGUUUACAACCAAGCAAGGCUCUUGGAUUAGAUGCCCAUUUGCUCGUGGGAAUUUCCCAGCUUGGAAAAUGAGAAUUGCUGCCCGGGCAGAACAGAUACAAGUGUCCUUCAUGUCACAAACAAAGGCAAAAUUUUCAGUGCUGGUGUGUAACAAGGCACAGCUGUCUUCAUGUGACUCUGUUGGGAUACGCCACUCAGUCUCAGCGGGUGACACUCAGCCCACAUCUGUCAAUAUUUCAGGUGAAAUAUGUGGCUCAGAAGUUUGCAUUCAGGGGGGGAGGACAGAUGUAGAUUAUUCAGUUCCUCUACAGAUCUGCGAUAUCCAAUGCACAUUAUCUUCCGAGAGUCAAGAAAAUGAUGAAAACUCCAUAAGGAUCAUGUUGCUGACAGCAAUAAUUUUAAUCCUGGUGACAAUGAUGGCUCUCUUUGGACGUAAAAUUUUAACAGUUUUUCACAGAAAGAAACAUGAAGGCAGAAGUUCAGCACAGAUCAUAAGGCAGAGUUUCUCCACUAGAGUGAAGAGUACCUCUUCCUUGCAUUGAUGAUGGUGGCUGGUGAAUUUAGCAGAACUCUUUCAAGAUCCUCAGCGUUCUUCUCAAUAUCAGGUUGACUUUACAUGUUACUUGCUCACACGAAUAGUUCACUCUCAUGCAAACCGACUUUGGUAGGACUAUUCACAAGUGUAAAAGGCUUCACAAGUUCAAAGUGUAACAUUUACAUCUUCAAAUGAGGGAUUAUCAGUCUGUUUGCCUAUAUCUCAAGAACAGAAAAGGUUGGUUAGAUCAUGUGGGUAGAGAAUCUGGCCCACAUUUUCCUGUGAAAUGAAUGGUUUAUUUAAGAUGCCAGAAAUGGGCAGGUUUUGCACCCUAUUUGCCGUAUUAUGGGUUCUUCAAGAUUUACACAUUUCUAACCUUCCUUUUAAAACUAUAAACCUAUAUUACUAAGUUAUGGAAUGGAAGAGAUUUCUUAUCAACGUUAAUACAUUUACUUACCUCUAGUGAACUGAACCGUAGCUUUCUUUAUUUUCUAGAGCCUUUCUGAUAACUUUAGAGCACUGUGGCAAAUCUUGCCAUAGACAGACCUGUAUACCUGAAAUUCUUCUCAAGUCUAUCUCAUAACUGCAUUCAGUAUUUUAUGUAUUGUAUUUCUUUGAGUCAAAGGCAUUUUUCCUGUUUUCUUUUCUGGAAACAACUUUACAGCUUUGUUAAAUAAUUCCAAAUUAAAAUGACAAUGUACAUUUCCUCUCUAGGGAACUAGAUCCUCCUCCCAUUAAGUUAAUGGGAAAACCCCCAUUGACUUCAAAGAGAAGCAGAUCAGGCUUCUGGUUUCUUGGUUGUUUAAAAUUCUUACGUGAAAUAUGGUUCUUAAGACAAGUAUUUUGUCAAAAUAAUGAACUGAAGUGUUUUUGUCUUGUAUUAUAAUGCCACUAUUUAUACUUGCAACUGAAAAUAAUACCACAUGCGAUACAAAAUG